AUGUUCACAGUUUCUCCUGAUCCAGGCUCUACUGUCAACAUCAGCAACAGUGAAGAUAAAAGUUGCAAAGUGUGCACAGGCUCAGGUAGUUCACGACAAUGUAGCACCUCUCUGGUGUUACAACACAACACUCCUGUCUCUGUGGAGUUCGACUGCUCCAAACCUCAAGAAGUAUUUACUGUAGAAACUGUACAAAACAUAGACUGCAGCACAAGCUCGUGCAGCAACCACAUCAACCUGGAUGGCUCCGGUUUGCAGAGUUUGUUGGACUUUAACCGCAGGUUCACCUGGAACAUAACGGCUUUGCACAAAGCCUUCAAGUUAGACUUCACUAAGACGGGCCUGAGACAGAUCAGUCCAUCAGAAACAUGUCCUGACAAACACACCUUCACUCUCCUGGCUUCAAGAAAGGUUCUUGUAGGGAAAUACUGCAGGUCUGGUUCCAUCAGCAGGGCUCAGGUCCUGGGUCAGGGCAGCUUUUCUGUGGACAUCCCUGCAGGACAGAAGCUGCAGAAUGACCAGAUUGAUGUGACUGUAGGGGAGAAGAUCAGAACUCUUGCCAAAAUCUCUCUCACAUUACCGAACGGCACCUCGACCUCCGAGCUGCUCUCACCAAACUACCCUAAAAGUUUUCCUAAUGACGAUGAGAUGGAGUGGGCCUUCCAGGUGCCGCUCUACCACAGAGCAGCUGUUGAGUUUCGGGGCUUCACGCAGCCGCAGUGCUGGAAGAAAGAGACAGCGGUGGAGUACCACAGCAACACAAGGUCUGCGUUAGUCCUGAGCCUGGACGAAGCCCAGCCGCAGCAGUACCGAGGCAGCUUCUCUAUGAUCCUCAGGAACUGCAAGAUGGACAGAAGUUCUGCUUGUGGACUUUCCCUGAACUUCACUGUGACCGUUUCGAGUUUGGAAGUGUUGUGUCAAGUGGACCUCAGCGAUGCCAAGGACUUUUCUCUCAGCAUUAAUAAAGUCAGGUUGAACUCUGACUGCCUGAUGAAGAUGAACUCUGUGACGAUGAGGAACAUUACAGUCACGUCAAGCAGUAAACUGAUUUUCACAAACUGUUUUCCUGAAGAUGUUGAAGUUACAGCUAAACGCACAGUAGACUGCAGCGAUCUCAAAGACUGUCUGAAGACCGAAGUAGAUCUGUUGGUGCCUCAGCUGCCAUCCUGCCUCCCUGCCCCUUUGAGCAGCGUUACCUGGACUCUGCGUCCCAUGCAGCAUGGCACCGUAGCUCUGACCUCAGCCCUGAGACAGGACCUGCCUGAGCAGCAGUGCAAUGACAGUAUCACUGUCAAAAUCACUGAAGAAGAUGGUUUGACUGUUGGUGAUUUCUGCUUUGAGGGAGCCAUAGAGAAAGUCCUCGUCCAUGCUGUUGUGUCUGUUACUCUGAAGUCCAGAACGGGGACUGAAGCACUAAGGAACCCCAAACCUCUGUUAAAAGCAUCUUUUGAAACAGACAUACCUGAAAACUACAUAUUCAUGGUGUCUCUAUCAAAUAGCAGCCCUGUCUUCCUGGCCACCCCCAGUUGGCCACAAGGCAUGAAGUCGUCUUCAAACGUCUCCUGGAUUGUUUCCGUUCCCUCAAAAAUGAAGGCAAACCUGAUGUUCCUCAACCUGAACCAGCCCAAGUGCAGCAAAAACCACACCACAAUCAACGUGUCGAGAGUUGGUAGCAUCGAGGAGUACUACAGCUGUACCGAGGCCGAGAAGGCAGGCUCCAAGAUCACCAUCUCCAAUAACUUCUACCUCAACAUGUCCAACUGUGAGCCUGAAAGUGGACACUUCCGCGCACUGACAAAGAUCACCCUGCAGAAGAGCUCUAGUCUGAUCAUCAUAUUCAGCGUGGUGGCUGCUCUGCUCAUAGUUUUUAUCAUAGUACUGGUACUGGUGUGCAUCAUUGUUAGGAAGAAGAAGGAAAAGUUAAACCAUCAAGUGGCUGUUUACAAUUCAGGCAUCACCACCUUCCAACCAGGGGACAACGAUGAUUCUCAUGUCUACACGUCCAUUGAGGACACGCUUGUCUACUCACACCUGUUGAAAAAAGGUAUAGAGAUGGGCACUUAUGGAGAUGUUGACACCUACCAGCCCUUCACCGGACCAACAGACUCCCAGAUGCCACCAGUCUGCAAUGAUGAUGGAGAUGACAACAUGGAGGUUCCCCUGCCGUCUCGUCUCUCGUCUCAACGGGGUCGUCCGCUUCCAGACAGACCCCCAUUACAUCCAGCCCCUGGUGGACAACAAGACUCAGCUCCAACAUGAAAAGAAAAGUAGUUUGAAACCAGAG